AUGUUGGAGCCGGCUUUCAACGUGCUACCUACUUCGAGGCUCGAAGCUGAAUUGCAGAUGCCAUAUCUACACGAGCCUGGUCAUGUAGACAUGCUCUACGAGACCAAUAACGACGUGCCCGAGACACGGUCGCGAAAAACUCUGCAGAUCUGUCGUUCGUGUGGCGCUGCGAUUAUGGACAAAUGUGCGGUAAUUCAAGAUCAAUGGGCCUGCUCUUUUUGCAAUACCUACAACCCUUUGCAGGAAAAAGCACCCAACACCCCGUACGAGGUAGAAAUCUCGAGUUUCCUGCCUGAGUCGAGCCCGUUGAGUGUCCAGAACGUACUGGUGCUAGACUUGUGUGUCAACGGCCCAAUAGAGCUCGAGUCGCUCAAGGAAGUCAUAAUUGCAAAAGUGUCAUCCUGUAGCCCUGAUGCUAGUUAUGGGCUUAUAACUCUAAAUUCUGGCGUGGUUAAGGUGCACUCAACGUCCACAGAAUGCAUUUUUUCUGCUGACGACAGCAGCACAGUGUCAAGGGCAAAAAAACUUGACGCACAACAAUUCAUUGAUAAAUUUCCACCGCUCAACGAGUUGUGGAUCACUAGCAGCCAGCUGAUAGACGCAGUAAACCGAUUGCAACCAGAAAAUUAUGGUAACGACCAAAGACCCAAACGAGCUUCGGGCUUGGCAUUUUUUGUCGCAAGUCUCUACUCACAUACACCAGAGUGUCCCGUGUCAGUGACAGCUUUCAUUAGCGGGCCUUGCACGGUGGGACCUGGAAAAGUUGUGCCCAAAAACAAAAAGUUUCAUAUCAGACAGCAUUACGAGCUCGAUGCCAAUCGUGACAAAUACUUUCAUUUUGCGAGGAGUUUUUACAAACAGCUCGUGGACAAGGUAGAAGUGCGUGUCUUUAUUUCUAAUUUGGAUCAAGUAGGCGUGGUCGAGCUAGCGCCAAUAUGUAUUGAAAUUGAUCAAUUCGACUCUUUCAGUGACGAACGGUUCCAAAAAUUGGCGCUGCGAUGGUGGCCUCACGAAGUCAGCCAUAAUGAAAUAAUAGUUUUUGCCCCCAAGGGAUUGCUUAUCGAUGGCUGUUUCGGCCUUGUCUCCAAGUUACAACCCUCACAACAAACGUAUAGCGACACGCCGUGUGGAGUGUCUGGAACAAAUCGUUGGCGGUCGUGGUCGUCAAGACCCUCUUUGUCGUUUUCCUUCCAAAUAGGCACUUGGGCUACUAAAGAAGAUUCUCUUGAUAUAGCACCUGUUCACUCAGUAGUGCAAAUUAAGCACAGCUUUGUGCGCAGCGGUAAGAAAUUUGUGAAGGUCGAUGCUGCGAUGAUUUUAACGACAAAUGCCAAUAUGUCAGGCGCGUGGUCUGUUCCCAAAAGUCUAAAUAUUCCGGUAGCACUUUCGUGUCUCAUGAAGCAGAUUGCGUACUCUCAGCUUGUCAAGAGCAAGACACAUGCGCUCGAUUUACAGGAAUGGCAGACCAAGAUAGACAAGCUGGCUGCCAGACACUGCAAGACACUUUCGAAAAACUACCCAAAAUUGGUGGAGUUUUUGUAUCACCUCAAGUGGACUGCGCUUUUGCAAAAGCGUAAUACUUCGCCAGAUGAGGCGGCCAUUUACCAACACACGAUAUUGUCUCAGAACAGAGAGAUCUUGGAGCUUCUAUGUAAGCCCCGUGUUAUCUUAUUCGCUGGUGGUGCUCAUUCUGAGGUUUCUGCUCUGAAUGAACAAAUGAUUCAAGAGAACGAGGCCAUGUGUGUGGAUUUCGGAACCCUUGUGCUUGUACGAUACCUGAAGGAUGGCAUCUCUCUGGAGAAGGCCCAAGAAAUGGGACAUUCAAUUCGUGCUACUCGAAAUCUGCCAGUCAGUUUCGAGAAGACGCUAGUACGAGGCAGCCAAGAUCGGUAUUUUAUAUCCAAACUAAUCCCAGAGGGCAAUUCCAACACAGAUGGUCUAUCUUUGGGCGAGUAUAAUGGAGUUGUGCGCAAACUAGCUACUUGUAUAUGA